CGCAGUGAGUGCGGGCGCGGCCCCGGCGACCCCCGCCCGGCCUCUCCUGCCCCGCGGCCGGUCUCGCCGCCGGCGCCCCGAUUUCCGAGGUCCGAGGGCUCUGUUAGUGCCGCCGUCUCGCGCUCCUCAGAGUCGUUCCGGAGGAUUCUGAAGUGAGGGGUGCGGAGAGCGGCCGGCGGGCGGGGCUGUCGCCUCAGGGCCGCUACGUGCCCUGCCCCGCUCUGUGUCCGGCUCCGGCGCGGGGCUGUCGCCUCAGGGCCGCUACGUGCCCUGCCCCGCUCUGUGUUCGGCUCCGGCGCGCUGGCGUCGGUGACACCCGGAGCCGGGUCCAGGUCCCUGCCGGCCCGCCGCCCCUCCCACCCCCGAAAUAGAGAAGUGAAGUGGACGCGUCGCACUGGAUGUUCGUACCUGACGGUUCUGCUCGACCUCCCAGCGUCGCGCUGUCUCCUCAACGUCGCGCGGUUCACUCCUCUCGGCCACCGUGACCUUGCCCGUUCCCCCGAUGGACGUUCAGGUUUCUUCUUGUACACAGCACCCGAGUGACAGGCUUCUGCUCACUGCCCCCAGGAAUCCCAGGGCACAGGCAAUGGCGGCCUCGUUCCCGUCUGCCCUGCCCCAGGCCGAGGUGACCUUUGAUGAUGUUGCCGUGCUCCUCUCUCGGGAGGAGUGGGGCCGUCUGGGCCCUGCUCAGAGGGGCCUCUACAGAGACGUGAUGCUGGAGACCUAUGGGAACCUGGUCUCACUGGGAGCAGGACUUGCGGGUCCCAAGCCUGGGGUGAUCUCGCAGCUGGAGCGAGGGGAUGAGCCAUGGGUCCUGGAUGUGCAGGGCGCCAAAGGGAGAGAGCGUCUGAGAGUCAACGGCUCAGCUCAUGGAACCAGGACUGAGUACAAGGAGUUGACCUCAGCGGAAACAUUUGAUGGGGAAGAACUGGACCAACUCAGGGGGACUUUUCCCCAGGCACCUGAGCCAGGAGGAGCACAUGUCAGGGAGCCAGAGGGGAGCCUGGACAAGCCAGUGGGACAGACAGGCCCCAGGCCAGACACACGGAGCAACAAGGAGAGUGGCUGGGAGCCUGGCGAGAGCCUCAGCUUGGGGUCAAGCCCUGUCCCCGAUCAGAGACCUCACAAAUGCGAUGUAUGUGAGCAAAGUUUUGAACAGAGAUCAUACCUCAACAACCACAAGCGUGUGCACAGGUCCCGGAAAACAAGUGUAGUGCGUGAUUCUGGGGAAGUCUUCAAUGUAAACAUAGAUGUUAACGAAGAUCAAAAAAUUCCUACUGGGAAAAAGUUGCAUUGCUGUGCUCACUGUGGGAAAACGUUCAGGUACAGUGCUAACCUUGUCAAGCACCAGCGGCUUCACAGUGAAGAGAAGCCCUACAAGUGUGCUGAGUGUGGGAAAGCCUUCAGUCAGAGCUGCGAGUUCAUCAAUCACCGAAGGAUGCACUCGGGGGAGAUCCCCUACCGGUGUGAUGAGUGUGGGAAGACGUUCAAUCGGAGGCCCAAUCUCAUGAAGCACCAAAGGAUUCACACCGGGGAGAAGCCCUACAAGUGUGGCGAGUGCGGGAAACACUUUAGUGCCUACUCUUCCCUUAUUUAUCACCAGAGAAUCCACACUGGAGAGAAACCCUAUAAAUGCAACCACUGUGGGAAGGCAUUCAGUGAUGGCUCAAUCCUCAUCCGACACCGUCGGACUCACACUGGAGAGAAGCCAUUUGUGUGUAAAGAAUGUGGCAAAGGCUUUACCCAAAGUUCUAACCUUAUCCAGCAUCAGAGAAUUCACACUGGAGAGAAACCCUAUAAAUGUAAUGAAUGUGAGAAAGCCUUCAUCCAAAAAACCAAACUUGUUGAGCAUCAGAGAAGCCACACUGGAGAGAAGCCCUAUGAGUGUAAUGACUGUGGCAAAGUUUUCAGCCAGAGCACACACCUUAUCCAACAUCAGAGGAUCCACACAGGAGAGAAGCCCUACAAGUGCAGUGAGUGUGGGAAGGCCUUCCACAACAGUUCCAGGCUCAUUCACCACCAAAGAUCGCACCACGGGGAAAAGCCGUACAAAUGCAGUCAUUGCAAGAAAGCGUUCAGCCAGAGCACUUACCUGGUUCAGCACCAGAGGAUCCACACCGGAGAGAAGCCCUACAAGUGCAGUGAGUGCGGGAAGGCCUUCCGGCACAGCUCCAACAUGUCUCAGCAUCAGAGGAUUCACCUCCGGGAAGACUUCUCCGUGUGACUGCAGAGGAGGGUCCACGAGUGCUGAGUCCUGUUGUCCACUUCCACCACGUGCCCCAACCCUGCCCUGCCCUUAUUUAUUGUCCACACUGUUUUCACAGGGUGAAAGGGUAUUUCUGUCUAAUUAAAAUCUUAAAUUAAAAGCAGUGCAUGUUCAUUUUAGAGAAAUUGAGAGAAAAGAGCAAAAAAGAAACUCCUAUAAUCUCCCCACUUAGAAAGAAAGAAUUCAUUGCUGCUGAUUUAGUGUUUCCCUUCAGACACACUGGAGAGCAUUUAAAAAGGAAGAUACUGUUACGCUUGUCUUUGCAGCACUUACGAUCGUCACCUUUGCUAUUUUCUCAGUAUGAGAAAAUUCAUGCUGGAGAGAACUCCACUUAUUGUUAUAUUUUUACAUAUUGUACAUAAAAAAUUAACAUAUCAUUCAUACUUUUCUACAUCACUUAAUAGAGUUGAAAUUGCCUUUUUAUUGUGAUAAAAUAUACAUAAUGUAAAAUUUAAAAUUUUAACUGUUUUUAAGUGUACAACUCAGUGGCAUUAAGUACGUUUAUAGUGUUGUGUAGCCAUCACCACUAUGUCCAGAACUGUUUUAUUAUCUCAGACAGAAACUCUGUACCUGUUAAACAAUGACUCCCCAUUUUCCCCUUCUCCCUGUUGCUGGUAACCUCAAUACUGUUGUCUGUCUCUAUGCAUUUGCCUAUUUUAGGCAACUCAUGAGUGGAAUCAAAAUAUGUGUCCUUUUGUGUCUGGCUUAGUUCAUGUAGCAUAAUGUUUUUAAGUUUUGUCCAGGUUAUGGCCUGUAUCAGAACUCCAUUUCUUUUUAUGGUUGAAUAAUAUUCCAUUGUAUGGAUAUAUUACGUUUUGUUUAUCUGUUCAUCUGUUGAACACUUGGGGUUUCCACCUUUUGAUUAUUACAGGUAAUGCAGGUAUGAACAUUGGCAUACAAGUAUGUGUUUGAGUCCCUACUUUAAGUACUUCUAGGUAUGUACCUAGGAGUGAAAUUGCUGGGUCAUACGGUAAUUAUUUGCUUAACCUUUUGAGAAAUGGCCAAACUGUUUUCUAUAGCAGCUCCACUAUUUUAAAUCUCCACCAACAGUACACAAGGGUUCCAGUAUUUCUACAUCCUCACCCAUGUUUGUUAUUUUUUGCUUCUUUGAUAAUAGCCAUCCAAAUGGAUGUGAAGUGGCGUCUCAUUGUGGUUUUGAUUUGCAUUUCCCUGAUGACUAAUGAUGUUGAGCACCUUUUCAAGUGCUUAUUGACCAUUUGUAUAUUUUCUUUGGAGAAAUGUUUGUUCAAGUCCUUUCUCAUUUUUGAAUUUGGGUUCUUUGUUUUAUGUUGUUGAGUUAUAGGAGUUCUCUAUAUACAAGACGUCUUUAAAAAGUUCAUGGAAGGAUUCAUAUUAAUUCUAUUUUUCCAUAAACUUUCAUAGGUACUUCAAAAAAUUCAUGGAAUUAAAAGAUAAUAUACACCCUUCCAUGAACUUUUUGAAGACCUCUCGUGGUUUGGAUAUUAAUCCCUUAUCAGAUAAUAUGAUUUGCAAAUAUUUUCUUCCAUUCUGUGGGUUCUUUUCACUCUCAUGACAGUGUCCUGUAAUGCACAAGAGUCGCCUUUGAUAAAGUUCAGUCUGUCUAUUUUUCCUUUGUUGCCUGUGCUUUGGGUGUCAUGUGCAAGAAAUCAUUGCUAAGUCCAAGGCCAUGAAGCUUUUCCGCUAUGUCUUCUUCUAAGAGUUUUAUAGUUUUAGGUCUUAAAUUUUGGUGUUUGAUCUGAUGUUGAGCUAAUUUUUGUAUGUGGUGUAAGGUGAGGGUCCAUCUUCAUUCUUUUGCUUGUGGAUAUCCAGUUUUCCCAGCAAUAUUUGUCUCCCUUCCCAACUGGAUGCAGUACUAUUCAGCUUGAACUGCCAAAACAAAACACCACGGACUGGGCAACUGAAGUGUGUUUCUCACAGCUCUGGAGGCUGGGACGUCCAAGACCAAGGUGCUGGCCUAUUUGGUUCAUGGCGAGGGUUCUCUUCUUGCCUUGCAGAUGGCCCCCUUCUCACUGUAUCUUCACAUAGAAGAGAGAGAUCUCUGGUGUCUCUGACUCUCAUAAAGGCACCAGCCCUAUUGGAUUAGGGACCCGCCCUUAUGACAUUUAACCUUUAUCACCUCCUCAUAGGCCCUGUCUCCAAAUACAGUCACAUUGGGUUUUAGGGCUUUAACAUGAAUUUUGGGGGAACAUAGUCCAUAACAAAUGGUCUUGGCAUCCUUUGUGGGAACCAAUUGAUCAUAUAUGUGAGGGUUUAUUUCUGGGCUCUCUAUUAUAUCCCAUUUUAUAUGUCUAUCCUUAAUGCCAGUACCACACAGUUUUGAUAGUGUGCAUUUGUAGUAAGUUUUGAAAUCAGGAAAUGUAAGUCUUCCAACUUUGUUCUUUUUGAAGAUUGUUUUGGCUGUUUGAAGUCAUCUUAGAUUCCAUAUGAAGUUCAGUUUCUUUAUCUGCAAAAAAUACCAUUGUGAUUUUGAUAGGUAAUACAUGGAAUCUGUAGCUCACUUUGGGUAGUAGUGUCACCUUAACAAUGUAAUAUUGUCUCCCACUCACUGAACGCAGGUGUAUUUCCACUUACUUAUGUCUUUAGCUUCUUUCAGUGAUCUUUUGUAGUUUUCAGUGUACAAGUCUUUUGCUUCUUGGUUAAAUUUAUUCCUAAAUAUUUUAUUCAUUUUAAUGCUUUU